AUGGGACCGUACAUUAUCGCCAACAUGUUCAUUCUUCUCGGUCCUACGCUCUUCGCCGCAUCGAUCUACAUGACCCUGGGUCGAGUCAUUCGUCGAGUUCACGGAGAACACCUUUCUGUCAUUCGAAUCUCACGCCUAACGAAAACGUUUGUCUGGGGCGAUGUGUUGUCCUUCAUUGUACAGGGAAAUUCCUCAUCUCUCUCGGUUCUGGGAUACCCCCAGUGGGCCAAAGUUUGCGUCAUUGCUGGUUUGGCAAUUCAACUCAUCUCAUUCUCCCUUUUCUGGGUAACGGCCAUCAUUUUCGCAAAGCGUCUUCGUCGGACGCCCACACCCGAGUGCCUCAAGCCUAGUAUUCCAUGGCAACAAUCAUUGCAUAUGCUAUAUGCUGUCAGUGCUCUCAUUUUGGUCCGUUCUGUUUUCCGGAUCGUUGAAUAUGUCAUGGACAAUGAUGGUUAUCUUCUUAUGCAUGAGUGGACAAUGUAUGUUUUUGACAGCGUGCCGAUGGCUGCUGUUAUGGUUAUAUUCUUCAUCUGGUAUCCUAACCAGAUGAGCCUUGAUGCCUCCGAGAGAAGCAUACCGCUUGCACACAGCUAUUCCGAAGUUUGA